AGGUUAUUACCUAUAUUGACCAUCCUUUAUCUCCUGAGUUUCUUGGACAGAUCAAACAUCGGUAACGCAAAACUAGAUGGUCUUACGACGGAUCUCGGUGUUUCGGGGCCUGCGUAUAAUACCAGUCUUGCCUUGUACUUCAUCGGCUACGUGAUCUUCGAAGUCCCUUCAAACGUACGUAGAUUCAACCCUCAAUUCUGGCUCCCGCUCCUCACUCUCGUCUGGGGAAUAGUCUCCGUCUGCCAAGGGCUGGUCACUAAUCAGGCCAGCCUCCUUGGCAUACGGUUUCUGCUUGGAGUGACGGAAGCCGGCCUGUUCCCUGGAUGCGUCUACCUCUUCUCCGUGUACUAUCGCAGACACGAGAGGCACUGGCGUGUGGCCACCUUUUUUGGAGCGGCAGCUCUUGCAGGCGCAUUCGGUGGUAUACUAGCGUUCGCGAUUGGCAAGAUGGAUGGCAUCGGAGGAAAAAGAGGCUGGGCUUGGAUAUUCAUCCUAGAAGGUCUCCUGACCAUUGUCGUCUCCAUUGGAGCAUUCUUUGUCGUACCAACCUGGGCCUACAAAGCUAAAUUCCUCACUGAAUCCGAAAGAGAACGACUACUCUCCAGGCUUGCAGCAGAUUCGGAUGCCGCAGCAAAGGAAACUUUUGCUUGGAAGUAUGUGGUGCAAGCCCUGACAGAUCCUUUGGUUUGGGGUUAUGCUCUCCUCUUCCACGGCUAUGCCUUUGCUCUAUACUCCUUAAGCUUGUUCUUGCCGACGAUUAUUGCCGGACUAGGCUUUGCGUCCUGGCAAGCACAGCUGCUGACCGUACCGCCAUAUGCAGUGGCCAGUCUUGGAAUAUGGAUGGCCGCCUGGCACUCUGCGAAGACCCGGCUGCGUGCUCCCUAUAUCGUUGGCAGCGCUGGCGUGGCUAUCAUCGGUAACUAUAUCAUCCAUGGAAUAGCGGGAGCCCAAUACUUCGGCGUCCAUCUAGCUACGCUCGGCGUAUAUGUUGGCAACGCACUACUACUCAGCUGGCCAUCCGAAAACAUAUCGGGCCAAACCAAACGCGCCACCGGCGUCGCGAUGCAAAUCGGUAUAGGCGACCUCGGCGCCGUGACGGGCGUCCUACUCUACCGCCCGUCCUUCUCUGGCCAUCAGUUCCGCAAACCGCACAUCAUCAGCAUUGGGUAUUUGGUGUUUGCGAUCGUCAUUGCAAGUGUGCUGUGGGCGUGGAUGAGCCGCGAAAAUCGUAGGAGGGAGAGGGAGAUCUCUGAUGGAGAAGGGUGGGAUGAAAGUACCAGUCCAGAGAAGGCAGUGGAGUUGGGAGAUAGACAUAUUCUUUGGAGAUAUCAAUUGUAG